AUGGAUGGGACUGCUCAAGCUAAAGUUCGGCGGCGCAACCGCAACGCGUGCGACCCGUGCCGUGCCCGGAAGGUCAAGUGCGAGUACGAUGGCCCGGUAUGCCGAUCAUGCGUAGCAUUGCAGAUUGACUGCACUAAAAAAAGGCCCCGAAAGAAGAGGGGACCACUGAACCGGUAUGUUGAGACAGAGCGACAAGCCGAGACGGCCAGUAUGGCACCAUCACCUGCGUCGCCUUCAACAUGUGGCCUGGACCAGCUUGGGCCCGCAGAGGUUAUUGAUAUUCUUAUUGACGACUGGUUUGAACGGAUCCAUUCGGUGGCCCCAAUAUUACACCGAGCGAGCUUCCUCCGUCGCCUUGCUGCUGGCGAUGCCACCCGCGAUCGGGAGUUUUUCAGCCUCGUCGUUUCAAUCUGCGCUGCCACAGUCGCCAGCUUGAAGCGGAAGAGCUCCACUUACUGUGGCACUGUCACAGUUGAGAGAUGUCUCGAGCUUGCCGAGCGCAACGACGCCAACCGGCCGAAGAAUGGCUUGACUCUAGAGUUUUGCCAAACAAAGUACAACUUCUCUAUCGCCUUAGGGUCAGAGCGAGGUCUGGACGACCCCUACUCAAGUCUAUUGAUGGCAGAAGCUCUUGCUGGCGUCAAAUCCUUGAUAUACCACCAGCUAGAUCAAAUGGACUUUGUGAAGCAACAGCUGCUGAAGCGGCUAUACUGGCUCAUUUUCGCAGCUGAAUGUACGGCGGGAAUACACGGAAGACCUUACCUCGGCAUGCUCUCCCCUCACGACUAUGUGGAAGCUUUGAAGCCAUUAGAGAUCACCGAUGAGGAACUUGAUCCCUUAAACGAAGCUCAACUGGACAGUUGGCAUGGCGAUCGGACCACUUAUAUCCCCGGACUAAACCAUCUGACGAAUGUAUUCAUGCUUUGGUACAAAUGUCAUCAGGAAGCAUGGCACAGCCCUGAGCGGCUUCAGGAGUACAUGAGUCUGGUUAAUUCAGCGCUGGACUAUCUUCCACCGGAAUUGAGGUGGCGAGGCGGCCUCUCUAGACCUCCCCAGUCCAACUUCGGAACGGAUGUUCAAACCGUCAACUUGUACAUCACUCAGAUCCACGUCAGAUCAUCUUUGCUCCAUCAGAUGGAUCAUCUGGCUCGCGAAAGAGGCGCAUCCGCCACCUCAGCUGAAAUCACCACGGAGCAAAACCGUGUCGUUGACGAUAUGCUCGCAAUUGUGUAUCAAAUGCCCGAGGACACUCUGGAGGCAAACGGUCACAGUCUAAUACCGAAGUUACGUGAUAUUGGUCUAACGCUACUGCAUGAGGAUGCAGAUCCCGCCAACGCCUUGGUCAAUCUCGACAGGCUUCUGAAGAAGCUUGACAGAUUAGACUACCGGCCGGAAGGGCAAUUCGGCCAGACCAGUCCUGCCAGUGUCUAG